AAGAAGUAAUAAAUUUCAACAAAAAUGGUUAGACGUGGACGUUCUGCAAGCCCCCCACCAGCUUCAAGAAGAAGUGCACCCGCUCCUGCACCCUCCCAAAAUGUGCCAGCCCGUGCUGCUCCCCCAGCCCAGCCACCAGCACCCGUGCAGGCUGCACCCACCGCUGUAGGUGCACCCCAACAACCCUCUAUGUUCCAACAGAUGGCCGCUACCGCUGGUGGUGUUGCUGUCGGUUCAGCUGUUGGCCACGCCGUAGGUCAUGGUAUUACCAGUCUCUUCAGUGGCAGUGGUGACAAAGAAGCUGCAGCUCCCGCUCCAGCUGCUGCUGCACCAGCUCAACAACAAUACUAUGGUGGUGCUGCUCAACCCAAUGAACCACAAGGACCCUGCAGCUGGGAAAUUAAACAAUUUUUGCAAUGUGCCCAGGGACAAUCGGAUUUGACUUUGUGCGAAGGCUUCAAUGAGGCGCUACGUCAAUGCAAGGCUCAACAUCAUAUUUAA